CAUUCACCUCUGACCCCUUCUUACGACGGAAGAAGAAAGCUGCUCGAGGCCGAAUUAGUGAGGGGAAAAGCAUUAUAGAAAGCAGGCUAAAUAUGUCAACACCAGGAUAUGGGUCUCCCACCGGAGUAGAUCAGACUGCAUAUGAUGGGGCGUCUCCCACCGGUGCUUGUCAGGACGACGUCAACAGCAAAGCAGGCAAACCUGAAGACCAAACAGCAGCAGGAAAAUUCAGUGUACGUACUGCUUUUAAUCUGAAUAGUGCUAUUGAGCAUAAAGGAGAAAAGCGCCACAAGUGUGACUAUUGUAACUUUUCUACAUCAUGGAAAUCCAACUUAGACCGUCAUCUAGCAACUCACACUGGCGACAAACCCUACAUGUGUGGGGAGUGUGGGUUCAGGACGGUUAAAAAGAAUGACUUAUCCCGACAUAUGAGAACGCACACAGGAGAAAAACCCUACAAGUGUGACCGGUGUGACUAUUCUGCUGCACGGAAAGCCCAACUUGAAUCUCAUAUGGCAAGGAAACACACUGAUAAGAAACCCUUAUUUGACCAGUGUGAGUACAGGACAGCUCUAGAGCCUACAUUGUUUUUACACAUGAGAACUCAUACAGAAGAGAAACCAUACAAGUGUAACCAGUGUGACUAUUCUGCGGCAGAGAAGUCGACUUUUGUCAAACAUCGAAUAAAACAUACUCUUGAGAGACCUAGACUUUCGAGCUGUCCUGUACCCACACUCACCACACAUGAUGGGUCUCCUACCAGGGUUUCUCAGGUCGCCUGCAGCAGCACAACAAGCAAACCCGAAGACCAGAUGGCAGCGCGAAACGUCAGAGUGAGCACCGCUGGUGAGAAACCCUACAUGUGUGGGGAGUGUGGGUAUAGUACGGGUAAAAAGUCUGACUUAUCCCGACAUAUGAUAAUACACAAAGGGGAGAAACCUUACAAGUGUGACCAGUGUGACUAUUCUGCUGCACGGAAACACCAACUUGAGUACCACAUGGCAACAAAACACAGUGAUGAGAAACCCUACAUGUGUGACCAGUGUGGGCACAGGACAGCUCUAAAGUGUACAUUGGUUUUACAUAUGAAAACCCAUACCGGACAAAAACACAAUUGUGACCAGUGUGACUAUUCUACAGUAUUGAAAUCCGAUUUGGUCAAACAUCAAAGAAAACAUACUGGCGAGAAACCCUACAUGUGUGGGGAGUGUGGGUUCAGGACAGCUCGAAAGUCUGACUUACCCCGACACAUGAAAACCCAUACAGGAGAGAAACCCUUCAAAUGUGACCAGUGUGACUUUAUUGCAGCAACGAAAUACAGCGUGGACAACCAUAUAGCAGCAAAACACAGCGAUAUGAAGCCCUACAUCUGUGUCGAGUGUGGAUAUAGGGCAUUUCAAAAGGCUACAUUAACCAGACAUAUGAGAACCCAUACCGGAGAAAAACCUUACAAGUGUGAUCAGUGUGACUAUUCUGUAGCACAGAAAGUCACCUUGGCCAUCCAUAUGGCAGCGAAACACGAUGGUGAGAAACCCUUCAUGUGUGAGAAGUGCGGGUUCAGGACAGCUCGAAAAUCUAACCUGACUGGACACAUGAAAAUCCAUACCGGAGAAUGAGGUAACAAUUGACCAGCAGGACAGAUACUAAAUCGUUUUUUGACCACCAACUCACAAAACACAGUA